AUGCCUGCCGGUAAGGAUCGUUUAUAUGUAGCGCUUUAUGCGCGUAGUGGCAAAGCCGUUAUGCCAGGGAAGGAGGACACUUAUCAUUGGGCUAUCUUGGUCGGGCCUAAAAAGGAGGUAGAGGGAUCAGAAGGAACACGUUUUCACGCGAAAGAAAGCUUGUCCGUCUCGUCCGGGAAAUACGAAUGGAUAUACGACGAACAGUCUAUUCGUCUCAUAUCCACGCAAAUGCUUUUGGUUCGAAUCAUGAUCGCGAAAAUCGAAGAUCGGGGUCGUAUGUUGCAAGUUUUGCGGGAACUUCCUUUAAGAAGCGGGACUGAAGGUUGGAACUGCGUAGGAUGGGUUAGAGAGGCAUUGGUGGAGUUGCAAAAGGAUGGAAAAGCUUUGGGUACCGCUGUGGUUGACUGGAGUACGGUCCGAGAUGCGGCUAUGAAUUAUUGUCAAAGAAAAAAGGAUGAGCAUCGUUUUGACGGUGUCAUCGAUUGGAAGACGACCAAAGCGGCAACGUUUGACUUGAUCGGUGGGAAGGAGGUAAUACCUUAG